CCGGGCGGGGUCAGCACCCGCGGGCGGGCGGCCCGGCCGGUCUGGCGCCGCCAUGAAGGAGCCGGCGGCGGCCGAGGAGGAGGUGGUGAUGCGGGAUUACCUCGCCUACUACGCGUCCCGCGGGGCGGAGGGGGAGCUGGCGGUGUGCGAGGAGCCCUCCCUGAAGGCGAGGGCUCGACGACUGCUCGGCCCGCGGCGGCGCGGCGCCCUGGACGUGUGCGUCGUGGCGGAGCGGUGCCGGAGAGCCCGGGGCAAGCGGGGCGGCGGCGUCCUCCGCGACCUGCUCAAGGCACUGGAGGUGCUGGAGCUGCUCUGCGUCAACCUGCUCCUCUUCCCGUGGCGGAAGGAGAUCAGGUCGCUGAAGACAUUCACCGGUAAUUUUGUCUACUAUAUUCAAUCUGUGCUCCCAGAUGACAUUGUAAAAACAGUACUGGAGAAAAUAGGUUACAUUGCAACAACAGCAACAGAGUUUUCACUUGUCAGAAAGAGAAACAAUGAGGAAACAAAGCAGACUGCAUUUGAAAUAUUCCUGGCAAGAAUUGAAUGUGAAACCAUCCUUGAAAUGACAAAUGAAGAAAAACAUGGUGAUUUGGAGAAGACCCUACAGAACAGAACACAAAUGCACUGGCAUCAUGGAGAUAAGGACAGAGAGGAUCAGACACUCCAGAGAGAAGAUGCUGAAAAUCUAGAAAAUAAAGAAAACAGUGAGACAUCUUUGUGCCUUGCUACUCAACAGAAAUCUUCAACUAAUAGUGAUAUAUCCUUUGAAGCUGCUGGGAGUCUGCAGAUCAAAGAUGACACGCCUCAGUUAGCAGUUACUCAAUCCACUAACAGGCUUCAGGAACACAAAAGGCAAGUCAUUAACACCGUACAUUUUCCGGGCAAAUGCUCAGACAGUGAGGACUUCUUGAUCAAAUAUAGUGACAUUGUCAUAAGACAAACACCUAUUUUCAGUGAGAAUCUUUCUCCAAAAGCUUUUGAAAAAAAGCCAAGAGCCGGUCUAAGCGAAGAAUGUGUUUUGGCAGUCACUGCAGAGUCAACUGCAAAUGAGAUCAGGCCUGUGCCACUCUCACCAGGAGCAAGUGGUCCGCCAGCCUUUGCAAUAUUUGCUGACAGCUCUUGUGACAGCAAAAACACUUUGGAGUACGAAGCUCAAGAAGCCCCUGAAGAAUCAAUUGAAGCAGAAAUUAACGAUGCCAUAAAUUGCAUAGACCUGGACCCUGCAGAUGAACCCAAUGAGCUGAAGUCCCUGCAAUACAAGGAUAUUACAUCUGUCCAAAAUUGCAGUGUCCCAAGGGAAGAGGAAGUUUGUGAGCUGUCUUUAACCUUCGCAAAACCACAAGUCAAGGACACUCAGGAAGACCUUAGGUAUCCAGUAGAGGAAACUGGUCAACCUGAGUCAGUAUCAUAUGCAAGCACAAGUGACAGGCAUGUAAGAGAAUUUAAUCAUUCCAAAAUAAAACAUACGUAUCUGACUAAUGCUCAGAUACAGAACAGAGCAGCUGCACAUACUGAGCAAUCUUCAGAUCUACGCUGUACUACUGGGAGCAUGGAGGAUCCCACUACUGGUUCUGAUAGCAAAAGACUAUUAAUGGAUACUCCUAAUACUUCCGAGUGCUUCAGACACAUCAGAGAGCCUCCUAAUCUCACCUACAUUCCACCACAAAGUAUUGAUGUUCAGUCUUCACGCAUAAGAAGGACCAGCACACAGGGCAGGAGGAACCUCUUGCCAUCUGAACAUGACGCUCCUGAAUCCAGUGAAGUAAAUCUGGAGGACUAUAAUUCAAAAGUAAAUGAAAUUCAGGAGCCUUAUGUCAUUAUUGACAAAACUGACCAAGGAACGUUAUGCCAUCACACUUGAUUCCACCAGUGCUUUAUUUGUAACCUGCCUGGAAUUUUUCCUCUCACUUGUGGCCUUCAUGAUCUUUUCAACGUGAUGAUUAGCUUUGAUAAAACAGUUUAAAAAAAAACCAAAACCACAACAAAACCAAAAAACACCACUGCUUUUGGACAAUAAAAAAGGGAAGUAGUUGUACAAAUUAUUAAUGGCCCCUUCUCAUCAGGAACCUUUGGCACUGAAGCCUGAAUGGUCACCUUUCUAAAGUAUGGGCAACUUCCAUAAAUUUAAAUCCAUUUAAUUCUUUAGCCAGAUUCCUCCUCCUGGCUGUACUUUAUGCCAGACAGGUUUCCUCAGUUCAGCAUGCUUUUACUUUUUUCCCUUUUUGCUUUACAGACCUAUUCCUGGUGCAUUCCUUCAAAUAUAGCAUGCUGUGCAAUAAUUAAAACAGGCAAAUGUUUCUAAACCAGAAGACCCAACUUUAUAGGUUUACAAAUGCUAUACUGGAGUGUACUUCUGUCAACUCAAUACAUUUCUAUGAAGCUGUGCUCUGAGCUAAGCUUGUUCCUGUUUUCAGUUGAAAAUAAGUUCAGAAAGUAUGAUAACAUUCCUUUAAAGAAGGAAAUAGCCCUGUGAACACCCUGGGUUUUAUAGAGGCAAUAUCCCCUAUUACAGGUCUUAUACCUGUCUCUACUUGUUACCAAAAUUUUUUGUGGCUGCCACCACAAAUUAAAAGAGAAGUGCUGAGCAUUGUAACUGUUCACUGGGACUAGAAGAGGGAGAUCCAACUACUGCUGCCAUUUCCCUUGCCCCUGUUUCUGUCACUUAACUUGGCACCAACUCAAGUUCACGGGACUUUUCUGCAGGCCAGUUCAUCUCACUAAAACGAAGGGAAGCAACUGUCAUUCUCUGCCACUUUAGUGGCAGGGAAAAAAAAAAUCAGACCAGAGAAGGGUGCCAGUGAGCAUUAGAGCCAGGAUAAGGGAUAUCCUGUAGGUGGGAGUGCUGUGUGAAAAGCAUUGUGCUGAGAAAGGGAGCAGUAGUGUUAGAUCAGGCCAGCUGUAAGCUGGAGUCCCAGCACUGAGAACCUCUGUCAUACACGUUUAAUUACAUUGAGAAAAGCACAGAGUUACUGGUACUGUAUUUCAGCAUAAUCCUCUUGCUGAGAGAGACAGUUUAGUUUAAUACUGCUUCAGGUAACUUUUGCAGUAGCACUUCAAUGCUAAGAAUGUUUUGUUGUUUCAUGUAUAGUUAAAAUAUUAGCUGAAAAUAAUUUAGUAAAAAUUGCUUAUUAUUACUUUCAUCCCCCCAAAAUUCAAAGAAGAGUAUGUGGGUUACACUAGAAAAACCUCAGGAGCUAAAAUGUGAAGAUCUGCUUCUUGAACAACUAAUUGUCCCCCAAUUCCAGCAAUGUAGGAGGAAUAAAACUUUGACGAAGUAACACCAAGUGACAGGAGUGCCUUCAGCUUUGGGUGGGGUUGGGAGAAACGUAUUAUGAACAUCCAUGCACAAAUUAAUACUUCUGUACUGGGUCUGGCUAGGAUUGGGAGAACUUCCUUAAUAGCAGCCCCUGUGGUAGUGUGUUUGGGAUUUGUGGGUAAAAUUGUUGAUAAUAGACCAGUGUGUUGGCUAUUGCUGAGCAGUGCUUGCACAAUGUCACAGCUUUUUCAACUCUACCCACCAACACACUCCCCAGUGAGUAACUAGAAGAGGAUACAGCUGGGUCAGCUGGCCUGAAAUGGCCAAAGGAAUAUCCCAUACCCUGUAACAUCCUGCUCAGCAGUAAAACUGGGGUAGCAGAAGGAGGUAGGGAUUUUGUCUACCAAGGUGGCUGUUGCUCAGGGACUGGCUGGACAUUGCUUUGCUUAUGGGAGAGGGUGAGUUACUGCCACUGCAUCACUUGGGGUUUUUUUUCCCCCUCCUCUUCACUUAUUAAACCUUUAUCUCAAUCUAAAGGCAGUCUUGAUUUUGCUCUUCCUCUUCUCCUCUGUCCUGCUGGGGAAGUGGGAAGCAAGUAGCUGUGUAGGUGCUUAACUGCUGUCUGGAUCAACCCUCCCCCAAAAUCCUUGCUCUUCUUUCAUGUACCUGUCUGUCCUUCCUAACCAUUUUGGUUUUUAUAAGCUUUAUUUUCCCCCUGUGGGGGUUAUUAAAAUUAUGUGGCUUAAAUCUCAUCUUGUGUAUUAUUCAGGAACUGAAAUUUAAAACUGCAAAAACCCCUUCUUGUCACAAAUGAAGGUGUCUCAUAAGUAUUUAGAUGACCAGUGGUACCUAACUUCCCAUUUUUACCUUUCCUGUAGCCAUACAAGGGCAAGUAUUUAACAGCACCUUACACAUGAAAAGGCAAUACAAAAGGAAACGGAAGACUACCACUUGAAAAGACACCAUUUUGGGCACCAAACUCCAUUAAUGUCAUGCUGCUGGCCUUCAUUAAACUUGUUCUAUUAACCUCUAUUGCAAGAAA